AUGGUCGAACCAGAAGUACAAAUAACCCUUAGUUCAGAAAAUACUGACCCAGAGCAGCAAGUUGCAAUUAAAAGCAAACGCCGACAACUUAGAGCUCGAAUCACUCGUUCUAUAAAACGUAUUAGGGAAUUUAUUGAACAAAACAAUCACAAUAAAACACGAUUUGAUAAAGAGAUGGCAGAAUUGAGGCGCGAUUUUGAAAGCGCACGCGAGUUCCACACGCAAUUAUAUGAUUUCGCAGACGAAUCCCAAUUACCAACGAUGGACAAGUGGGAAAACGAUCUAACGAACGAUGUUUAUUCGAUCGAAGAAGAAACUGAACAUUAUUUAAGUACGAUUUCGUUGCCCGAGGCAUCACAAACCUCGCAAAUCCAAAGUACUUCACAAAAUAUGCAAAGUAUGCAGACUCCCACUGAGCCUGAGAUUGAACCUGAGACUAUACCUGUGUCAAGUAUUGAAAAUAAUCCAGCAAACGAAAUAUCUGAAGCCCCACAAGUCUCUCCCAUUUCAGUAGAAUCUGGUCAAAAUACAAUAAAUACGAAUUUAUCCUCCCCAACAACACCUUGCCCCUUUGACGCAUGGAUAGACGAUUUGGUAGAGUUUAAAGAAACUGUUUUGCCCAAAUCAUCUCAAAGUGUUUCUGUAGCUGACGCACUUUAUAAAUUAGAAGCGAGUAAAGAUAUACCGACCAUUAAACUGCCCAAAUUCAGUGGAAAUGCGCUCUUCUAUGCCGAUUUUAUUGGUCGAUUCAAAAUUCAUAUUCAUGACAAACCGCACUUGACAGAUGACAUGCGAAUGAUUCAAUUAAAAAUGCACGUUACCGGAGAUGCCGAACGCGCGAUUUCGGGACUUGGGUCCAAGGGUGUUAUGUAUGCGACAGCAUUAAAGAUUUUAAAGGAACAAUUUGGACAGCCAAGUACUAUAGCUCGUUCUUUGGUAAAUCAACUUACCAAGGGAGACAAGAUUCAACGUAACGAUAGACGCGCGCUUCGAGAACUUUCGAUAGACUUAGUUAAUUGCGUAGCAACCAUGCAUCAAGUCAAGUACUUCGCUGACGUCAACGCCAGUGACAACCUCCGAAAGAUAGUAAUGAGAUUACCGGAUUAUCUCAUUCAGAAAUGGAAAAGCGUAGUAAUAGAUAUUAGAGAGAAACAAAGACCCCCAACGGUUGAAGAUAUUAGUACCUUUUUGCGAAAACAAGUAAAGGCGGAAUUUGAUCCCGACUUUGGAGAUAUGUCUCUAAAACCUCCCAAGUACGACCCGCGAAAGGCGAAGCAAGAGAAAGACACGGAAUUAACGCAGCACAAAGGAACGAGCAUUCGAAAGCCUUGA